AUGGCAUUAGUCAAGGCCGAUCUUGGUGAGGUACUGCCUCUGGUAGCCUCAGGCAAGGUGCGAGAACUGUAUGAUGUUGACUCGAAAACCCUCCUCUUUGUUGCUACCGACAGGAUAUCAGCCUAUGAUGUGAUCAUGCAGAAUGGGAUCCCGGACAAAGGGCUCAUUCUCACCCUCAUCACGGCGCACUGGUUUCGAUAUCUACAGAAAUCCAUUCCGGACCUCAAGACUCAUUUCAUUUCCCUCGACCUGCCUCCCGCCGUUCCCCAAACCCUCGUUCCGCGGCUCAAAGGCCGGAGCAUGCUUGUGCGCAAACUCAAGGUCUUCCCUGUCGAAGCUAUUGUCAGGGGCUACAUCACAGGGUCAGCAUGGUCCUCGUACAAGAAGACCGGCGAAGUCAAUGGGAAGAAGAUGCCCCAGGGCCUACAAGAGUCACAGGAGCUGCCUGAGCCAAUCUACACUCCAAGCACGAAAGCCGAACUAGGACAACACGACGAGAACAUCUCCACCGAGCAAGCUGCGCAGAUUGUCGGCGACAAGUACGCAAAACGCAUCGAGGAAUUGUCGCUCAAAAUCUACACGACCGCACGAGACUACGCGAAGGAGAACGGGGUGAUCAUCGCAGAUACCAAGUUCGAAUUUGGCUUGGAUGAGGUCACCGAUGAGGUCGUGCUUAUCGACGAAGUCCUCACUCCAGACAGCUCGAGAUUCUGGUCCAAGGAGAAAUACCAGGUUGGACAAGGCCAGGAUAGUUUCGACAAGCAAUUUCUGCGAGACUGGUUGACCCAGAAUGGGUUAAAGGGCAAGGACGGUGUGACGAUGCCGCAGGAUGUGGUCGAGGCCACUCGCGCAAAAUACUUGGAGGCAUUCAAGAUUCUGACGGGUAAAACAUUGGAGCAGACGCUACAAGAAUUGAAGUGA